AUGGACAAGGGGAAGCGGCCUGCCGAAGACGACUCCUCUGGACGGUCGCUGCGAUCGGAGAGCAUCAGGAUGACGGUGGAGACACACGACGGCUACGGAACCUCCCAUGCCACCGCCUCGGACUUGCUUCGCCGAGGGAUCGCGAAGGGCGCAGAGGGCGUGCGGGAGGUGACGGCGCCGCAAACACAGUUGAUGCCCGGCGAGGUUCUUGAUCUUGACGAGAGGCGCUUGCUCGUCAGCCGCUACGCAAUGCCCGCUCAGAUGAAUGAGUGGCAGAUGCUGCAUCUUGGCAGAGCCUCCCCAUUCUUCCAGGACAUGGCGUUGUCUUCUUUUCCGCCGGCGGUGCAGUUGAGUCCAACAACAGGGAAUCCUGUUCUCACCUCGUCUUCCGGCGGCUUUCUUGUGUUUGAUGUCUGGGCUGAGACGGUUUACGAAGCGUUUGAGGAUAUCAGAAAACUGCUGCAGAGAGGCGAAGGUGACGAGUUUAUGGUGGGCGUCGACUCUGAAUUUGCUAUACCCGACGGUGUGGUGCAUUCAGGCAGGGAGCCGCCCACAGCCGACUUGCACUACGAGCAGCUCUGCUCAAUGGUCAAUGGCGGCGACCUCGUUCAGGUGGGUAUCACGAUUACUGACCCGAUGUUCAAGGUUCUAGGAGCAUGGCAAUUCAAUUUGAGCUUCCACACUUCAUGGCGCGCCCCAUGGCACGCUGGCGUUGCCUUCCUACGGGACGAAGCCAAGCUUAAGCUGGAGGAGCACGCAAGCCACGGAAUACCAGUAGCUCUCUUCAUCCAUUUGCUUGCGGGCUCAGGAAUGAUCAACAACAGCAGCUUGACAUGGGUAAGCUACAUGGGCUACCCGGAUUUUGGGUUUCUGGUCCGCCUGUUGACGGGGCCGCAUGCUUUGCCUGCGAGCCGUCUCGAGUUCCUGAUGCUAUUCUGGCAACUCUUCCCCCGCUCGUACGAUGUGCGUGUGUUCUCGAAGCUGGGGAGGUGUGGCAGGGAAGUGAUCGCCGGCGGCCUGGCAACCGUGUGCCAGACGCUGGGUGUCCAGCGUGCCGGGAAGGCCCAUCACGCAUGGUCUGACGCAUUGUCAGCCCUGCAGUGCCUGGAGAAGAUGGCAAGCGGAGACACCGACUUCGCCAGACGAAUGACUAGGUACUCCGGUGUCCUAUAUGGAGUGGUAGUCGAUGCCCGUCGGCAUGAGUGA